AACGAAGCAAAAAGAAAAAUGCUCACCACAACGAACUUCAUUGUGUCUCUAAAAUUCACCACAAACACCUGGACAAGAGCAAAGAAAAGUAGACGCAAGGAUCGAAAAAGAAAAGUUGGCAGCUUCUUCUCCUCCUCCUCCUCACCACCACACUACUCUCUCCAGUCUCCAGCACGUACGUCCUCAUCAACCUGCUGGCUAUCUUCUUCUCCCCCUCGCCCCUUUAGCUAGCUGCUUGUUCAUCAGCAAUCCACCACCCACAUCGAUCAAGAUCUCUCCAUAUUCCACACCAAACCCUAUCUAUCUACCAGUCCAUCCAGUACACCGGCCCUUCUUCCCCCUUCUUCCUUCCCUGGCCUCACCCCCAUCGAGAUCGAUCGGAGCUAGCCUUGCUUGAUCCGUCAAUCAAUCUCUACUCCACAUCCAUGGCGUCCACCACCAGCGACAGCCUCCCUUCCUCCCCCUCCUUCCCCGGCGCCGACCAAGAGUCCUUCUCCUCCGUCUUCUUCCCCUCGGCCUCCUCCUCCUCCCCCGCCGGCCUAUACCUCGACCACGACUCCUCCUCCUUCCACGCCGGCUUCAUGUCGUCCCCUCCGCCGGCCCCGGCGCCGCCAGCGCCUCCUUCUCACGCACCGGCGCCGCCGUCGUCGAAGCCGCCCAAGAAGCGGCCUAGAGCCUCCCGCCGCCCGCCCACCACCGUGCUCACCACCGACACCUCCAACUUCCGCGCCAUGGUGCAGGAGUUCACCGGCUUCCCGGCGCCGCCCUUCGCCGCCGGCCCGCCCCCCUCCGUCCGCCCGCGCCUCCUCGGCGGCGGCGGCCCGCCCUUCCUACUGCGCCCGUCUCCUCUCAAGUACCCGCAGCAGCACAACAACAACCCUGCAUCGCUGCUGGCCCCUGCUACGGGCGCCGGUAGUACUAGCAACUCUCUCGUGGACGCGCUCGCGCUCUUCGCGAGGAGCAACGCGCAGAUGCCAAUCGCUGCUGCUACCGCCGGUGGAUCGGGCGCUGUCGAUCAGUACGGAGGCGGCAUGCUGGGAGGGUUCAACCCGUUUGACGAUUUCGAGGCAGCGAGUGCGGCGGAAGGCGGCGAGAAGGCCCCGAACGGCGGCCAUGGGCAUGCUGGCUUCUUCUCUUCCUUGGGCUUGGGCGGCGCCGGAGAUAAGUAUGACCGGCACUAGCUCUAGCUGCAGCUACGACGUACACGUGCGUAGCGUAUCUCUCUCUUUCUCUCUCUGCGUGCGAGUCUUUUUGUGAUCUGGGAGAAUAGAUUGAGAUUGGGACUGAGAGAUGGAGAUGGAGGAGCAGCUUGAUAAGUGUGGCUACCUUCUACUACUUGGCCACUACUACUAUUUGGCAUUUCGCAAGCUGCUUAAUUUAUUGUGAGUUAAUUUCCUUUUGAUACACACAGAAAAAUGUGAGUUUCCUUGGCUUUUAUGUGAUGCUUGUACAUAUAUUUGGUGAUUAUUUUUUUCACGUUUU